AUGUAUCGUGGACGACAUAGUCCUCUGGCUCCUACAGAUGCCGAACUCGCGACAAGAGCCCUUGACGAAGAAGCCAGCUACCGGUUUCCUUCAUUCACCGCAAACGAUGCCGUCACACUUGGGUUGUCCCUCCGCAAACGGUUCCGAGGCUCUUCGCGGCACCAAAAACAUGGGAAGGGCCUUGUCAUAUCCAUCCAGACAAUUGUCGGGCACACGCUUUUCUCCUGUACAGUUGGCGAUCUUGGCACCAACGUUGGCGACAUCAGUCUCGAUAGUUGGGCAUGCUUGGAGGGAAUGAUUGCUGUCGUUCGCCGAACGGGACAUUCAAGCUUUUAUGUGGAGAAGGGGAUGGGGGCUGUAGGGAAAAACCCUAAACAGCUUGGCCUUCAAGGUGAUCUCCGAGUCAACGGUGGUGCUUUCCCAAUUUGGUUAGAGAAUGCCCCUUGUUGCCCUAUUGCGGUCGUAGCUUGCUAUUCGGGCUCAAGCACAGACGACCAUCAUCUGGUCGUGACCUCCUGUCGAGAUUAUCUACACAAAAUGGAAGAGAAAGCGGCUCCACCACCACCUAGAAGUCCCCUCUCACCUACCAUGCCCCACGACCACAGUAGUGUAAGCCCAUAG